UUCAGAUGCAGAUGGGGGCUAUGAAAUAAACAAAACAUCAUCGCCAUUUAGUUCGGGAGAAAGCGGCGAGCAGUGCAGGCUACGGUAGGAGUAGUGUUUUGGCCAGUCAUGCCUGUUGCCGUGGCAGCAGCAGCAAGACAGGAAGUGUGUGUGUGAGUACGCCCAGUCCGGUGGUUUCCGCGGGGAUGAACAUGCCACUGCACCAGAUCUCUGUCAUUCCCCGUGAUGUCCCUUCCUCCCGGGUCAGCAGCAGCGGAAAGGCCAAGGACAAAGACAAACAGAAUGAGAAGCCCCUCGGUCAUUCUGCCAGCAGGUCCAGCAAUAUUUCCAAGGCGGGGAGCCCCACCUCCGUCAACGCCCCCUGCAACUUCUCACGAACGUCGGUCACCCCCUCCAACCAGGACAUCUGCAGGAUCUGUCACUGUGAAGGAGAUGAUGAGAGCCCGUUGAUAACACCGUGCCACUGUACGGGCAGCCUGCGCUUCGUCCACCAGGCGUGCCUGCAGCAGUGGAUCAAGUCCUCAGAUACACGUUGCUGUGAACUCUGCAAGUACCAGUUCAUCAUGCAGACCAAGCUGAAACCCCUGCGCAAGUGGGAGAAGCUCCAGAUGACGUCUAGCGAGAGGAGGAAGAUCAUUUGUUCUGUGACGUUCCAUGUCAUCGCCAUCACCUGCGUGGUGUGGUCCCUCUACGUGCUCAUCGACCGCACUGCAGACGAGAUCAAAGCAGGUAUCCUGGAGUGGCCAUUCUGGACCAAACUGGUGGUGGUGGCCAUCGGCUUCACUGGCGGCCUGGUCUUCAUGUACAUCCAGUGUAAAGUCUACAUCCAGCUGUGGCGAAGACUCAAGGCCUACAACCGGGUGAUCUACGUCCAGAAUCGCCCGGAGACGUGUAAAAAGCAGAUGUUGGAGAAGCCUCCCCUCAUGGAGCCCAAUGUGGAGCACAAGGAGGCUCUGGCCCCCACCCAGUCAGACACAAACUCCUCCCAGUACACAGAGACAGAAGACUACAGUAUGGAAGUGCUCCAUGUCUGACCCACAUAUACACACAUACAGGGACACACCAUGUCUGACCCACAUAUACACACAUACUAUACACACAUACAGGGACACACCAUGUCUGACCCACAUACAAGGCAUUCAGAAAGUAUUCAGAUACCUUGACUUUUUCCAAAAGGUUUUACUUUACAGCCUUAUUCUAAAAUGGA